UUCUGCAUACUGUUGCCAACAUGAGCUGCUCUGUGGAGAGCAAAUCCUUUUCCAUUAUGGAGCAAUCAAAAAUCACCCCCAGUGGCAGCACAUACACAAACACCUUAUCCAUUCCUUCUGAGGUUUCAAAUCCAAUCAUCCAGCCUACCCUUCCGUUUAUGGGUACAAUUCCUGGAGGCUUAAAACCAGAUAUGGCAGUGCUCUUCCAAGGAGCUGUUCCUUUAAAAGCCAAGCGCUUUGAGAUAAAUUUCCACACAGGCCAGUCUUAUGACGAUGGAAUCGCUUUUCAUUUCAACCCUUGCAUUACAGCUAAAUAUGUAUGCAUGAACAACCUCAGAAAUGGGAAAUGGGAAAAUGAUGAAUGUGUUUAUGACAAGCCCUUCCCCAAAGGAACGUCUUUCUGUUUACUGAUUGUCAUCAAAUCAGAGGGAUAUGAGGUAUGGUUUAAUACUAAACUUGAUUGA